GAACGCCGUUCCCUUCGAACGUGUGUUGUCCUCGCGGACCGUGCGCUCGUCCUCGGCGGCGCGAAUGACAUUCCGUUGGUGCUCGGCGAUUUCCAGAGGUACACUCGGAACGAGAGGGAGAGGAUGAGACGAUGACGUGACCGCGUGAUCGUGAUCCUAAGCCGCUCCACAGAGGUUCCUCUGAAAGAGAAACGAAUCCGAAGGGGAUCGAUCGAGUCUUCGAAGAGCACGCAGAGCUACACGCACAUGUUCGGUGCGGAUGACUGGUGACGACCCGACACGCGCGCCGAAAACAGUGCCUCGCGGCCUUCUCGAGCGGAUGAUCGGCGACGUUGACUGAUCUUGUGAUCGAUGAUCGAGAGACUCCGAUCGGUAUCGGCGUUCAGAAUUAUGUACGUGACGUUCUGAACGGACGGACGUGCCGAAUGGUGAUCGGGAAACGGGACGAGACUGUAGAUCGCUCUAUUUACUCCGAUUUUACUCUGGGACAAUACUUAUCGUAAUGAGUUGCGAGCGCGUGUGUGAUUUUCCGCAGUCUAGUCAGAGGUACGCGCGGUUUAAUCGCAGUUUAUAUAAUAUUUAAGAUUUUAUGUUAGCACCAAAAUAGAACUUAGAGCAGAUAGUAGUGAUCGUAGGUGUUUAAGGCGUUACGGUAUAAGUAAAAUGGUCAUCUACGCGUUAAUUGUUAGCAUACAGUAAUUAUAGAAAUUAAGAACUCAGUAACUGUAAAAAAAAUCUACGUAAAAAAAUAAGCGGACAUUACAAGCACGUCUCAAUACGUCUGUGAUUUUGAACGUAAAUAAGUUUGAUCGCACGCAAUUAUAAAUAUUUAUCGUAGACACGGGUGUCCGUAGUGACAAGGAAAGCUUACAUUCGGCUUAGAGGCCUAUUAACAUUUUUCUGAUUCAUUCGAUUUUUAAUUGAUAAGUGCCGGAGCUAAAAUUGACGCCAUGAGUUUGUGAGAAUUCGAUUGUAACGCGAUAUGUCACGAAUGGCGGCGACUUCCGAGGCCCAGGAGAAUUAUUGAGGCCCCAGGAGGGAAUGGAUUUUCAGAGCGCAAUGGACACCUUUGUAGAGGCAUGGAUGGCUGCUAACACGAAGACGGAUCAAGUACAGAGCCAAGCGUUGGCAUUAACGCACAAGGCCUCGCCACCAUCGAGACCGAGCAGCGUGUCCUCGUUACCGAGGAGCCCUCAGUCCCAUCAGUCCCAGCAGUCUCAGCCGCAGAACGCGUCUCAACACCCGCCGGUGCAUCCGCUGCAAUCGCAGACACCUCUCAGCGCACCCCAGACACCGUUUACCGCGCACAACCAGCAUCCGAAGCAAGAAAUCAACGCCAGCCCCAAGCAGGAGGGCUUCGAUCUCAGCAAAUCCGCCUCCAGCACAGCGAAAAAUCUGCCGGUGCAUUGUGUGGUGGAGACGAUUCACAAUAUCGUGGAAAGCCAUGUAAGCAACAGCCGUGAAAAAUGGCGAAGUCCCCAAGUGGAAACGGACUCUUACGUUAUUAUUCCGAUAGCCAUGCCCUUUCAGGAUUUGGUGGGCGAGGCGCUUGUUCGUCUGGGAUAUUCCAGUGAUCUGAUACCAAGUGCCAGAGGAAGCAUUGUCAUACGUAACUGGAAGCCUCUGCCAAUGGAGAAAGUCGCUGACGGACCGUUGCUAACAGUAGGAGACAUUCUGGCCGAAUUGACAUCGGUGGCGACCCUGAAGAUUCAGGUGUAUAGAUCCAGACCGCCACCUCCCAGUCCGGCGGCUGAAGUUAGAAAUAAAUUGUUGAGGUUGCUACUGUUGCACAGCCAUACACUUCUCGUCUCCGCCGGAUGUCCUUUGGAUGAGAUGACUCUCCUAUCCCUCUGCCGAGGUGGUAAUGACCUGUCGGAAGAGACAAAGAGAAAUUUCGAAACGUGGCUGCAGCAGCAGCAGAUAGGCCUCGGUAUGAACGCAAUAGCACCUACUUCUAACCAUCACACGCAAAGUCCGCAACCCGACAGCGGUGGCACGAUCGCCCCGGGCGGCGGCCCGAUCGGACCGCCGCAUCCGGCGCUUCUUCAGUAUUCGCACAAGACCAGGAUGAGGACCAGCUUCGACUCGGAGCUCGAAUUGCCGCGACUGCAGCGUUGGUUCGCCGAGAACCAGCAUCCGUCGCGCGAACAGAUACAGCACUACGUCGCGGAAUUGAAUUCCCUGGAGUCGCGCCGCGGGAGGAAACCGCUGGACGCGAACAACGUCGUGUACUGGUUCAAGAAUGCCAGGGCGGCUCAGAAGAGAGCCAGCAUGAACGGCUGCAGUCCUCCCGGGCUCAGCCCGAGGGGCGCCAGCAUCGUCAGCGAAGACUGCACGGACGAAGAGGAGGACACUAGGCAUCAGUCGACAUCGGGGUCACCCUGCCCACCGAGCAGUCCACCUGUCGGUCCCCUGUCCUUGACCACGAGACCCGAGGAUCAGCAGCAGCAGCCGCCGACGUCGACUCCGUCCUCGGUAAAGCAGGAGGACGCAAGAGUUUCCUCCGGUUCCGAGGACGACGAGACCAGACACACAGGCCCUAUCCCGCCCGGAUUUUCCCUGGUGCCCAGUCCCAUGUUCGGCCACGGUAUAAUGUACAUGUCGCAUUAUCUGCCGCCGCGCGGACCGGCCGGCUGUCCCACCAGCAUGCUGGCCGACGAGAGAAGGAAGAGGAACCGGACGUUCAUCGAUCCCGUGACGGAAGUGCCGAGAUUAGAGUAUUGGUUUAAGCGGAGUACUCAUCCAAGCCACGCGCUCAUUCUGUCGUACACGGAGGAGCUGAACAAGAUGCCGUAUCGCCAGAAGUUUCCGCGUCUGGAGCCGAAGAACGUGCAAUUCUGGUUCAAGAACCGCAGGGCCAAGAAUAAGCGGCUGAAGAUGGCUCUGUUCGAGGGCGAGUCGCCGCAACAGCAUCCAUAUCACGCCGACUAGUUUAAUUUCUUUAAAUAACGUUGACUAGGGACAGAGAUGCGCGAGUGAGCCUUCGCGGCAUGAGAAAUAAAGGAAAAUCGUUAACCGACUUGUUACUCCUUACUAUCGUUGAUACGCGGCUUUAAACGCUUACUUGGCCGCACAUUCAUUGUAAUUAUCACGUAACAAUUAAUAUAAUUAUUAUGGACUUUCAUGAGUGUAAAUACGAGAUGAUGUCGAAUAAAAAGUAUACGUCACGACAAAAUAAUGUGUAUUACGCAUCUGCCCUUUUUGCGCCAAGUACAAAUUGGCAGAAUGUUUCAAUAUAAAGAUGAUGAUAUUUCCAGAUGAUUAAUAUUAAUUUAUGUAUUGAUUAUACCUCAAUAUAAAGGCAAUACCUGAAAGAAUGGAAAUAAAUAUGGAUCGUCUAUGAACCUAUAAA